AUGGCGUCGCGUUUCUUCUACGGCUCCGGCAGCGACAGCGACAGCUCGUCUGACGAGGAGGAGGAGGUCUACCGCUCCGGCUCUGGCAGCGAUGAGUCUUCCGACGAGGAAUCUGACUCCGGCUCUGACUCCGGCUCCGACAGCGAUGACGCCCAGGAUACCCGCACCGGUGCCUCGAAGUUCUUGCACGACGAUUCCGACAGCGAUGAGAGCGAGGAGGAGGAGAAGGUCACAGUUGUCAAGUCCGCCAAGGACAAGCGUCUCGAGGGUAUCGAGAGCACCAUCCGCCUGAUUGACAAUGCCGAGAAGAUCAACGACUGGGCUGUUAUUGCCACUGAGUUCGACAACCUCAACCGCCAGAUGCUCAAGGUUACCGGCCCUACCCCCAAGAUCUACAUCGAGGCUGUUGCCGAACUUGAGGAUUUCACCAACGAGACCAUCACCAAGCAGAAGGCCUCGAACAAGAAGAUGAACGCUAGCAACAGCAAGGGUUUCAACGCCGUCAAGCAGAAGAUCAAGAAGAACAACAAGGAAUACGCUACUCUGAUCGAGAAGUACCGCGCCAACAAGGAUGCCUUCAUGGCCGACGAAGUUGAGGAGAAGCCCGCUCCCGCUCCCGCCCCCAAGCCCACCAAGGUUGAGAAGAUUGCCAACUUCGCCGCUGCCGCCGCCGCCAGUGCCGAAGACGAUGGAUUCGCUACCGUUGGACGUGGCGGAAAGACCCUGCAGUACACCCCCGAGAGCAUCCUCAAGCACCUCCGCAUCAUCGUCGAGUCCCGCGGAAAGAAGAACACCGACCGUGCCGACCAGAUCCGCACCAUGCAGAAGCUCCUCGAGGUUGCCAACACUCCCUACCAACGCAUCCGCACCUACAUGACCCUCAUCUCCACCCGCUUCGAUUUGACCUCCACAACCAACCAGAGCUACAUGAGCGCCGAACAAUGGAAGGCCGCCUCAGAGGAGUACUCUGAGCUCCUGUCAGUGCUGGAGGACAACCGCCAGUUCGUUGUUAGCGAAGGUGCCGACGAGUGGGAGGAUGACGAGAAGCAGCCCACCGUUGCUGAGGGCGAGAUCUUCUUCAUUCCCGGAAGCUGCAUCUCUCUCGUUGAGCGUCUCGACGAUGACCUGAACCGCAGCCUCCGUGAGAUCGACCCCCACACACAAGAGUACAUCGAUGUGCUCAAGACUGAGCAGAACCUUUACGACAACCUGGUUCGCUCCCAGCUCUACGUCGAGAGCCUCAAGGGUGCCGACAAGAACGGUCAGGACUCCAUGAACAGAGUGGUCCUCCGACGAUUGGAGCACAUCUACUUCAAGCCCGAGGUGGUCAUCAGCAUUGCCGAGGAAGCCAAGGACAAGGCCGUUCCCACAACAUUCAAGUCCGCCGUCACCCUUGGUUCCAAGGCUGGCGAUAUCCAGAGCCUGAUUGCUUCCAUCUGCAACUACCUGUUCCAGCACAGCGAUGGCAUCCACCGUGCCCGCGCCAUGCUUUGCCAGAUCUACUUCCUCGCCCUGCACGACCAAUACUACAAGUCUCGCGACUUGAUGCUCAUGUCCCACCUGACUGAGAACAUCUCCACCUUCGACGUCAGCACCCAGAUCCUCUUCAACCGCACUCUGGUUCAGAUCGGUCUCUGUGCUUUCCGUGCCGGCCUCAUCUACGAGGCCCAGAACACUCUCGGUGAGAUCUGCGGCAGCGGCCGUCAGAAGGAGCUCCUCGCCCAGGGUAUCAUCAUGCAGCGUUACUCUACCGUCUCCCCCGAACAGGAGCGCCUGGAGCGCCAGCGCCAGCUGCCCUUCCACAUGCACAUUAACCUCGAGCUUCUCGAGUGUGUCUACCUCACCUCCAGCGCUCUGCUCGAGGUCCCCCUGAUGGCCCAGACCUCUUCUUCCCCCGAGCUGCGCCGCCGCAUGAUCUCCAAGACCUUCCGCCGCAUGCUCGACUACAACGAGCGUCAAGUCUUCACCGGACCCCCCGAGAACACCCGUGAUGGUGUGAUCGCCGGUGCCAAGGCCCUCGCCGCCGGUGACUGGAAGCUCUCUGCCUCUACCUUCGCCGCGAUCAAGAUCUGGGACCUCAUGCCCCAGCCCGAGAAGAUCAAGGCCAUGCUGUCCCAGCAGACCCAAGAGGAGGGUCUGCGCACCUACCUCUUCACCUACGCCCCCUACUACGACAGCCUCUCCAUCACCUCCCUGGCCUCGAUGUUCGAGCUCGAGUCCAAGAAGAUCGUCUCCAUCAUCUCCCGCAUGAUCUCGCACGAAGAGCUCGCCGCCGCUCUCGACCAGGUCAACGACGCCAUCAUCUUCCGCAAGGGCGUCGAGCUCUCCCGUCUCCAGUCCCAGAUCGUCACCCUGGCCGACAAGUCCACCAGCCUUCUCGAGGCCAACGAGAAGACCCUCGAGCAGCGCACCCAGGGCAUGGCCAAUGCCUUCCAGCGCGAACACGGUCCCGGUGCCCGUGGCGGCCGCGGCCGCGGCGGUGGUCGUGGCGGUGGCCGUGGAGGUGCUCGUCUUCCCCAAGGCGAUCGCCGCCCUGGUGGCCAACAGUUCGGUGGUGGUGCAUUGGGCGCAGCGAUCAAGGCUUAG